CACAGAUCCGGAAGUGAGAGCGGCCGAGUUGCUUCUUCUUUGCCGCAACCUCACAGAUGUGACAAGACGAGUUAACAAGUAAUAGACAGUGGAAAAAGGAGUGUACGGGGGAGGAUACACGCGCAAGAAUUAAAGCAUUUUUACAGAUUGUCAGCACUGAAAAAUUAUUAGAAGAUUAUUUUGCAAUGGCCCACCAAACGGGAAUCCACGCGACGACAGAGCUGAAGGAGUUCCUGGCCAAGGCGAGAGCCGGGUCUGUGAGGCUUAUCAAGGUGGUCAUCCAGGACGAGCAGCUGGUGCUGGGGGCCUACAGAGAGCCGUCACAGAGCUGGGACCGGGACUAUGACCACUUUCUGCUUCCUCUUCUGGACGAGAUGGAGCCAUGCUAUGUCCUUUAUCGGCUGGACUCCCAGAAUGCUCAGGGCUAUGAGUGGAUUUUCAUCUCCUGGUCACCUGACCAGUCUCCGGUGAGGCAGAAGAUGCUGUAUGCUGCCACUCGGGCCACAGUGAAGAAAGAAUUUGGCGGGGGUCAUGUCAAAGAUGAAUUGUUUGGCACAACAGAGGAGGACAUUUGCCUCCAGGGAUACAAGCGGCACGUGGCCUCCUGCUCUGCCCCUGCACCGCUGACAGCAGCUGAACGGGAGCUUCAGCAAAUUAAAAUCAAUGAGGUGAAGACAGAGAUCAGCGUGGAGAGUAAGCACCAGACACUGCAGGGCCUUGCAUUCCCCCUGCAGGAAGAGGCCCGGCAUGCCCUGCAACAGCUCACACAGAGACGCAUCAAUUACAUACAGCUGCGGUUGGACACAGAGCGAGAGACCAUUGAGUUGGUGCACACCAACCCCACAGAAGUUAGCGAGCUGCCGCGGAGGAUCCCCACAGACACGCCGCGAUACCACUUCUUCCUCUAUAAGCACUCCCAUGAAGGGGACUACCUAGAGUCUGUGGUCUUUAUCUACUCCAUGCCUGGAUACAGCUGCAGCAUUAAAGAGAGGAUGCUGUACUCCAGCUGUAAGAGUCGACUGCUGGAUGAGGUGGAGCGGGACUACCAUCUGGAGAUCGCUAAAAAGAUGGAGAUCGACAGUGGGGCGGAACUCACAGAGGAGUUGCUGUAUGAGGAGAUUCAUCCCAAACAGCAGGCCUUCAAGCAGGCCUUCGCCAAACCCCGUGGGCCAGCAGGGAAGCGAGGCAACAAGCGGAUAAUUAAGGGCCCCGGGGAAAAUGGAGAGGAGAACUAGAGAGGGGCUAGGUGGGGCUCGGCCCAUCUUCACCCUGCCCCCCGAUCCUGCCCCUGACCCCUCCUGAAGUGGAUGCACCUCCAGCCCCAUACGUGUCCCGUGAGCUCCCACACUCUGUUGUCUGGAAGGAGGGGAAGGAAAUGGAAGAUUCUGUUAUUGUUUUUACCUUUUUCUCCCUGUUUUAUUAGCCAUGUCUCAAGCAUUUCACACAUGUAUCAAAAAAUCCUUCAGCAAAGAAGCCUAGAGGAACUCUCGCACUCGCACACACGCACUCACGCCCUCAUAUUCUCUCUCUGCCUCACACACACACACACACACACACACACACACACUCACACUCUCACACACACUCACAUAGGAGGUCAUUCUGUAGGAAGUUAUCAGUUGAAAUUUAAAAAGCUUCUUGAAUCAGGGUGGAGCAAAAGCCCCGCCCCCUUCGUCACCCUGCGUUGGAGCCAGAUGUGGGUCAUUUGUGACCUUGGCAGAAAAAGGUGGACGGACAGACAGACAGCAGGAGCCAUGUGGGUUUGAAAUGAAAUGUUUCCCUGUUCCUUUCAGUUUCCUCAUCCUCCGUUUCGCUCAUGGGGUUUUCUGGGAAGCAGGCAAUGGGUCCCACCAUACCUCCAGCCUGUCUCUCACUACCUCCAUGAAUCUAUCACCUGAGUCUCUCUCAUUAACCCCUGCUACACCUGCAACUGUGUUGCUCCAUGCCUGUGGUGUCUCAUGGGUGCUUUUAUGGAUACAGCAGACACCACCAAGACUUGUUAGAUAACUAAGAAGGAAUUCUAAAUAAAAUCUUUUUUUCUGUAUA